AUGUAUUCAAAUACAAAAAAUGAUAAGAAUAUGUUGGCUGAACAAACUCAAUACAAAACGGUUGCAAACGUUGAGCAUAUAAUUUUGAUGGUCAGUGAGUCUGGACCAGAAUUUCGAGAUCCAAAACAUAUAGUUUUUCAAAUGUCAUUAGCUUUAGCAGAGAAAGGAUUUAAUGUUGGAGUACUAGAUAUUGAUUUCAUGGACUCAUAUUUAUUGGAUUGUUUUAGAAUUCGAAAAUCGAAAAUUCAUCAAACCUCAGAAGGUUGGAUACCUCAUGAAAUUGUAAAUAAUAGUAGUUUUGCAAGUGGAGGAUCUUUAAAGUUCAUGUCUAUAAAUUUGCCUAAAAACACUAACUUUGAUUUAGGAAAUGUCAGAGGUGUUGAAAAAGAAGAAGUAAUUAAACAAUUAAUAUUCGAUGUUGUGUGGACGACAGAUCGGCCAUUGGUCGUAGUUGAUUCAGAAUCACUAGAGCCUCAAAAGUUAAUUAAUUCUUGUAGGAAAAAUAACAUCAAAAUACUAGGACUUAUCGAAGACAACAGAGAAAUGGAUGCUUGCUUUUGUGGUUUCAGCUGGUCAAAUCACCCGACAGGUAGCAUUUUAACUUUAUGUAAGAAAUUAAAUAUAAACUUUUUGGGAUCAGUUAGUGAUAUUGAAGACUGUGAGGAUUUCGGCCCUUCAUAUAAUGAAGAAUUUGAUUAUGAAUAUGAGAGAACUUACUUGAUUGAGGAAUAUUUUUAUCAUAAGCAUGGCCAGAAAGACACACCAAUGAGAGAAGUAUUAAAUAAAUUGUUUGAAUCAAACUAG